GAGAACACGGUUGGAACCGAAAAACAUGGUCAAGAGGAAAGCUUAUUUCCAUUCCACUCGAGCCAUUUAUAUCAUUAGCGUGUAGGACGAUCGGCAAGCAAAUUCGUGAUUUUCGGUACCUCAAGAAUAACCUGCUUGCAUACUCGUCCACCGAUCUCGAAUUUACAAGCUCACAGCCCAUUCAAUCCUCACAAUGCGUCAAUCAUGCUUCCAUUCAAGUUAUCGAUGGCUAGGACAUUUAUCUCCUACAAAGACUAUCGCCAGCUCACAGUCCCGAAUGCGGAUGUUGAAGCAAGCCGAUCAUGUUGUCUUUCAAAUUCGCCCUUCGAAUUUUGAAAACCUUCGCGAUUCUACCCGAAAGUUUUCUUCGACAAGUCGGAUGUUAGCUCAGUUGGGUCGAAUCAAUGUCAAGAAAAUGCCAAUCACAGACCAUGAUUCGAACUUCGCGCUUAAUGAGGAUAUUCUACAAGAAACUCGGAAUACGGAUUCUGCGUCAAAUCGAAAGCCUACCGUCUGGAAACCAUUUGCCUUUUUCCUUGGAGUUUCAAUGUUGGGGUUUGGAUUAGCUGUCGAUCAAACCAACCGAGAUACCGCACAAAAGAUCGACUACAUUCGAACACACCAAGGAACCUUCCCUGGUUGGUUUAGCAAAACCUUCACUGGUAUUGCCAGCUAUCUUGACCCGAGUGACGCCCAACUACAACAACUAAGGAAGUUGGACAAAUUGAAUUUCAUAAAAGAAUACGGCUUAAAUAACCUCUUUCCGCAUCAUCUUUUGACUUGGUAUAUCAAUCUUGGUGAAGGAAAACAAAUUUGUUGUAUCUUGGCACUUAUCAAUCUGCAAAUCUUUGCCCUUUGGCAAAUGCCGCGUUUCUUCAAAUACAUGACACAAAGAUUUACUCAUUUCCCACUCUCGGGUAAAAGCUACACACUAAUUACAUCCACAUUCAGUCAUUCAUCUGCCCUCCAUUUUGGAUUUAACAUGCUAGCUUUAUAUAGCAUAGGAUCUACAGCGCAUGACUUUCUAACCCAUCGACUCCGAGCAUCAAGGGACGUCGAUCCAGUUCGAAUCCCAGAAUCAACCCCGACCUACCAUUUUCUAGCUUUCUAUGUUUUUGCCGGCCUUGCUGCUUCGUUCGGCAGUCAUGCUUAUUCACUGUUAAUACGUGCUCCGAGGCUGUUGAAGUGGCGACAGGGACUCUCCAAGAGCUCAACUCCUCCCAGUCCGAUCUUGCCCAGUUUAGGAGCAUCCGGUGCCAUUUAUGGAUGUCUCACGAUGACCGCAUUAGCGUUUCCUGAAGCCCACGUCUCGUUGAUAUUUCUACCUUGGGUUCCAUUGAAGAUUGGAAACGCUGUUUUUGGUGCAAUGCUUUUUGAUUUCAUCGGGGUAAUUAGAAAUUGGAGAUAUUUUGAUCACAUGGCUCAUUUGUGCGGCGGUCUUGCUGGAGUGUUUUGGUAUUUUUUUGUGGAUAAGUGGUUUGAUGUCAUCAGAUUGAGAGUAUGGGAUCGCUAUCUUGUUAAAGAAAAUAAUAAAUAGGUUAUCCCCACGCUACCCCAUUAACGGCCAUUCUCGCCUUCGUAGUUUCAUUGCUC